AGCUGCCCAUCGCUGAUCAGUCUUCCAACAAAACCCAUGGAUCCUCAACAUGGAUGCAGGCCAUGGAGGCCAUGCUUGCUUCACCAUCCCCACCACCACCUCCACCACCAUCACCACCGCCACCCUUUAUUCCUCUGCCCUCUCCAUCACCACCUACACUGCCGCCACCAUAACCACCACUUGCACCAUCUCCGCCCCAAUUUUGCGUCUUUUCCUCAAAACCCAGAACCCCCAGCUGCCGCCGCCAUUCCUUUCCCAACCCAUAUGAAUUCGGAACCUUCUGAGUUCAAAGAAGCGCACUACGACGAUCCUACCUCUCUGACAUUGCCGGAGCAGACGCAUGGUGAAAUCGGUGAUGGUGUGUUGGAAGAGGAAGAGGAUGAUGAACCGAUUUUCGUCUUAACAGACGAGUGGAAGGAGUUUUUUGCAAAAUCUGAAGCUAAGAGGAAACUAGAGAAGCAGCAGGCCAAGAAGAAGAAGGCAAAAGAUAAACAGAGUCAAGAGUGAAAUCAUAAGUUUCCUUUGUCUACGAGUCUCUGACUUGUAAGUGGCGAUUUUUUUUCUUUUUUUUUUUGAAAUAUUGGCAACGAUGAAAUGUUGAAGUAAUUUUUGUAGAAAAAUGUAGCAAUUAUGCCAGAGAAAACCCUAAUGUGACUCCAAUGUUCAUCGAAAGGAAGCUUUCUGAUAUAUA